CCUAUCUACAAGCUCUUCGCCAAGAAGUAGACGUGUCCCACUUUACUCUUCUUAACGUUAGCUGGAAACUGACAGAUGGAGGCAGACAUCACCGGCAAAAUGGAAGAGAAAACAGAGAUUCCGGAAAACCCAUUAGAGCCUUACAUUGAAUCUAUACUUCAGCAACUGGAAGACCAGGACCCAGUUUUUCUCAUUGGAGUUCUCGUCGCUUUAGCAGCAAUUAUCAUCACAUGUGUCUUCCUCAAGUACUUUCUCACCAGCAAAACAGUCCGAAGUGCGGUGCUGCUCGUCGGGUUGUGUGACGGCGGCAAAACACUUCUUUUCAGCCGUCUUCUGUCUGGGAAGUUUAAACGGACACAGACCUCUAUUACUGACAGUAGCGCGCCAUAUAAAGUGAAAAACGACAGGGGAACUAUCUGGACUCUGAUAGACCUGCCAGGUCAUGAUAGUCUCCGGCCACAGUAUUUGGAGAAGUUCAAAUCAGCAGCCAGAGCCAUUGUAUUUGUGGUGGACAGUGCCAUCUUCCAGAAGGAAGUGAGGGACGUGGCAGAGUUCCUGUACGUCCUGCUGACGGACACUGUGAUCUGUAGGAAUGCCCCGACUCUUCUGAUGGCAUGCAACAAACAAGACAUCACCAUGGCAAAAUCUGCCAAACUGAUUCAGCAGCAACUGGAAAAGGAACUGAAUACACUGCGGGUGACUCGCUCAGCAGCUCUCAGCUCCCAGGACGGCUCAGCGGGUGCAAGUGUUUAUCUGGGGAAGAAAGGCAAGGACUUUGAUUUCAGCCAACUGCCAAUGAAGGUGGAAUUCAUAGAGUGCAGCGCCCGCGGAACAAAAGGCGACGAUGGGGAAGCUGACAUCCAGAGAUUGGAGAGGAGCCUGGCGAAACUGUAAACGUGUAGAACUUCCAAGCUCGAACGUCAACUCAAUAUCCACCAUCAUGUCUACAAACAGACUCAAGACACUUGAAAGGAUGAACACUUGAAAACAUGCAGUCAAGGCUGUGAAAUUCCAAUUUGCUAAAAAGGAAUGUUUGCUCGCUUUGCAGUGCAAAUCUCAUAAUGAUCAAGUACUUCUACAUAAAAAUAAGGCUGCAUCAAAACACGCCUAUACUCCAGACAGUUUUAAGAAAUCAUGGAUAAAUAAAUAUUCUGCAGAUACAUUUGUAAUCACAACAGGAAGCUUUGGGCCUUUUAAAUGCUGAUACAUUUUCUUUCUGAUGGAACCUUUUGAAUGUGAACAAUGUAUUUGUAAUGAUAAAUCACAAUUUAUUCCUGCAAAAGAAGAAAAAAAAAGUUUUUUGCUUGCUAUAAAACAAAUGAAGGAAAAAUGUCCAAAAA